CUUUCCUUACCUAAACAUUUAAUCAUACCCAUGGGCAAUGUCCCUCCAACCCCAGCAUCACGCUCACAGUCUCUGCCGGUAACUCGACCCCCCAGCGAGACUUCAUCCACAAGGCGCUAUGGACGACAGUCACUUCCUAGUACAAACAUAAUGCAAAGUGCGAAAAAGAGACUACGAAAGAACUUGGAACAAGUACGCCAAUCGACUCCAUCCUUUCGUUCCGUCUCUUCGACUGCUGAUGUACUCAGCCAACAAUCGACUCCGUCCGUGUGCAAUAGCGACACUUCAUAUUUUCAUCCAAACUAUAAAAGCCUUUCGUCAGAUCAAUUGGUCAAUACUAUCUCGCAACAAAAUCGUCCUUUUCACAACUUUGGUAACGCAAAAUACAGUUUACCGUGUGAUGAAGAAGAGCAAGAUAGAAUGAUGACUCUGCACUUUCUAGUCAAGCAUAUGUUUAAUGGAAAUUUUUCAGCACCCGUUAGUCAUUUAAUGAAUGAAAAGCGGCCAAAUGGAGAGAAAUUCAACGUCCUUGACGUCGGAUGUGGACCUGGAACAUGGACUCUGGAAAUGGCAACCGAGUAUCCAGAAGCUGAUUUCUAUGGCAUGGACAUUGCUGAAAUAUACCCAAAGACCAUUAAGCCUGCAAACUCCUUUUUUUUGCAAGAUGAUAUUUUAACGUGCACGCAAUUUAAAGAUGAAAUGUUUGAUUACAUAUUUGUCAGACAUGUUUAUGGAUGUUUUUCCGUGGUAGAAUGGGAUAUUCUGAUGAAAGUACUGUUGAGACUGCUUAAACCAGGAGGCUAUGUUGAAUUCCGUGAAAUCAAUCCAAUGGUACAAGAUCCCGGUCCUAUAACAGCAGACAUUGUUAAUACAUUAUUUAUAACAACCUUAAGAACAACCCGUAACAUCGAUCCGGCACUAGCUCAACAUCUCACCAGUAUAAUCACUAACGCAGGAUUUGCUGACUUGCAUCAUGAACUAGUAAAAGUGGGCAGUGGAUGGGGCGAAUGUGGUGAUAUUGCCUUGAAUAAUCUCGCGAGUGCCAUAAAGGCAUAUGGAAUAUGGCUUGGCCCUGCUAUUGGUAUAAAUACUGGUGAACUGGAAAAACGAAUCGGCAUCAUACUGGAGGAAGGACCCCUAUACCGAAGCUAUUUCAACUGGCAUAUGGCUUGGGCCAGAAAACCGCAAUCAAACUACCAUGGCGAUAAUGCGGCCGAGUGGGAAGGCAUCAAUGAUUUUAUUCACGGUUAUGUAGAAUAGCACCACUGAAUUUCCCUUUGAGAAACACUUGUAAAUGAAAUGACAUAUUUUGAAUUAGAGUAUCAUAAUAAAGUAUUUAAAACACAAAGGUCUUCACCCAAA